AUGGUGACAGAUCAUCGGCCGUUUAUCUAUGCAGCUCACCAACCCUCGGAUAAGGCCUCUCCUCGACAACAACGGCAGCUUGACUUUCUGCUGCAAUUCGACGUCACGUUCAAGCACGUCAGCGUAUCAGACAACGUCGUUGCCGACGCCCUCUUCCGGACCAGCCUUCGGACGACUCCGCGUCGCCUUCAACGAAAGCUUCAGUCUGCGCCACGGUCAGCUUGCCUUCGGCUCUUAGUCUCAAAACCAUCGCGGAUGCACAAGCUCGCGACGACGAGCUUUCAUCACUCGCAGCACGCACCUCCCUCAAAAUACAACGCCUCAUCCAUAGGAGAAUCAAGGUGGCCUGCGAUUCACACGGCGGUCGAGUUCGGCCUUACCUGCCUCGCUCUCUUCGUCAAACCGCCUUUGAGGCUAUUCACGGUCUCGCCCACCCUGGUGUCCGUGUCUCGGUACGUAAAAUCUCGCAGCAGUUUGUCUGGCCCGGUCUUCGUAAGAACGUCACCGUUUGGGCACGCGCCUGUCUUCCGUGUCCGCGCUCGAAAGUCUCCAGGCAUAAUCGUGCCGCGCUCUCCCGCUUUCAAGCUACGGAGAGCCGCUUCGAGCAUGUCCACGUCAACAUCAUCACGCUGCUCCAGAUGGCCAGUAGCUGUUCCGCUCAAAGACAUCUGGGCAGAGACCGUCGCUAAGGCUUUCACGUCGGCUUGGAUCGCGGACAAAGAAUGUCCGCUCAAAAUCACCUCCGACCAGGGUACUCAGUUCGAGUCAUCUCUCUUCGCCGCACUUGCUCAAGCCUCGGGAACCACGAGGAUCAGGACGACGCCUUACCACCCUCAAGCUAACGGCAUGGUCGAGAGAUUUCAUCGCACGCUCAAAUCGGCGCUUAUGUGCGCCCAGGCGCCUUGGCCUGACACACUUCCACUCGUGCUUCUCGGCCUUCGGAACGCCUACAAAGGGAACCAUCAGGCUUCGCCAGCGGAAAUAGUUUGCGGCACGCUGCUAAAGAUCCCUAGCGCUUUCUUCGCGCCGUGCAGCUCGCCUGGUCAGACCAUCAGUGACAAGGUCUACGUCAUUGAGGUCAACGGCUUGGAAAGGACUGUCUCCACGGACGCUUUAAAACCGGCGUACCUCGACACAUUCGACACGCCAGCGCGGACAUCUGCUCCUGCUUCGUCGUUGUCCUCUCGUCCUACGGCUGCUCCCGGACUUUCACCUACAGUGCAGACCUCGCCUUCGACCUCCGGACCUGUCAUCGACUCGCCACCACCAUCUUCAGCCGUUGCUACACGGUCACCUCCUGCGACCUCCAACAGCGGACAGCUUCGACAACGUCAUCGACCGAACAUCCUCAGAAGAUCUUAG